AUUAUUGUGGAUAGCCAUCACUGCUACUUACUUGCAACCCUUGCUGUGGGCCUAGUUCGCUGGCGAUAUAUUGCAUUUAACUGCAACAAUGCUGAGCCAACUUGUUCGCCCUGCCAAGAGCGGCCAUGCGCUAUUGCGCAAUGCAUAUGGACUGACAACUCUAGGCCAACGCGCAAGCUACGCGACAGGCGCGGCUGACAAGGUUGUUGAAGUUCAGAGCGACAAGGAUUUCGCGUCGAAGCUUAGCGAGGCCGCAGGAUCCCGGUCAUUAAUGAUUUGCGACUUCACGGCCAAGUGGUGCGGGCCAUGCCGCAUGAUUGCGCCAGUGUUCAGCAAGCUGUCAAACAAGUAUCCCGACGUGUCCUUCGUCAAGAUUGACAUCGACAACAACGACCUUGCCGCAACCGUCAACGACCACAGCAUCACAGGCGUGCCCACUUUCGUUUUCUACAAGGGAGACCGGCGCAUUGAGAGCUUCAGCGGCGCCCGGCCCGACCUGCUGGAGGAGCUGAUCAAGAAGCACACCAAGUAGCGGGCUGCGGCCGUAGAGCAGAGCAGAGCUCGCAGCGCAGCAGGCACAGCACGCAGCGCAGCAUGGUGGCAGCAGGGGCGCCUCGGGUGCAUGAACUAACCUUGUGCGGGGCGGCGGGCGCUGGGCCGGGUCAGCAGGGGCUAUAUAGCGAGGGAGGCAGUGGCCGGCCGCUUGGGAGAGAAGCAGGGGCUGGGAGUAUAUGGCGGUGUUGGAGGACGUUGGGGGAUGAGUUGAAGGGGCCCAGCGGGCAGCGCGCUUGUGCUGUGCGAGGUUGAGGAAGUCCAGGCAACGAGGCAAGGUGCGUGGAGGGAUAGUGCGUUCAUAUGCACACCCAUGAUGUAGGUCAUAAAUGGGAGCAUGAAGUAUGGAGAAAGCACAAUGCAAGGCGAAGUGGCAGGGGCAGGUUGGAGCGGCAUCAUGCUUGCAAGCAGAAGCAAAAGGGUUCAUCACGCAAUACAGGUCCACACAAAGCAUGCAUCCUGCGUUAGGCUCAAAGCGCUAUGACCCAUGGGUCGCCAAGAUGCAUACCAUGCGUUCAUUGGGGUCAAGACGUUUCGAUGACACACAUCCGUUGCAUUGCAUCCAUAAGGAUACAUGCGCAGGAUGUACAGCUGAGGCAACAGGAUUGUAACGGGCUGCUGCUGUCAA